CCCGACCAACCGAGGGUGCUUCAUCACAACAGAAAACCCGGCUUUUGUCAAAAAUUAAGAUGAGCUGCUUCCAUCUCACUCUCUCUAUCAUCGCACUUCCGGGGAGGCUUCAAGUUCAGAAGACCGCAGCCUGACGGAACAGCAGGUGUAGUGUCGGCGUCCCUUAUUGACACGGGUGUGUCCGUCCAUCUAUAUCAUCGACAAUGCUGCGGGAGAUCUUGUUUCGGUUAUGCCCGUGUCUGCAUUGGCUCUUCCGCACGACCAACUAUGCCGAGCUCGACACGUCCGUCGGUGACAUCGUAUCGCCGCGCGUCUUCGGCGCCCGCCAAUUCAACAAGGGCGGCUUCGACCUCAACGAUGUCCCCGACACAGUGGCGAGCACCGAGUAUGACAUGGGCGGCCGGGGGCUGAAGAUAGUGGAGCUUCCCCCGCAGCUGCAGCCACGAGCAGACGCCUAUGCACAUGGCGGCGCGGGGAACGGCCAGGUGGAUCUCGAGGCGCCUGAGGGGCAGGGGAGCCAUCCGGGCGACAGUGAGCAUCGGGGGGAGGUGGUGAGGAGGAUGGCGGAUGCGCUCAAGGGCGACGAGGAGGCGCUGGCAUCGCUGGACCGCGGCAAGGUGACGCCGACCCAAGUCAAGCUGAUAUUCGACCGCUUCGCUAAUGACGACCUGCGGGCGAUCUGCCAGGGCAUCAAGCAGUGCCGCACCAUGAAGUCGGUUGAGUUUGGAUGCAACUCGUUUGGCGACCAGGGUGUGUCGAUCAUCUGCGAGUGCCUCCGCCACGCCGACCAGCUGAGGUCCAUCGCCAUCUGGGGCAACUCUGUCGGUGACGAGGGCGCCCACAGCCUCAUGGACCUGCUCAGCUCAUGCCCCGGCCUCGUCAAUGUGGUCUUGUCGAACAACGAGAUCACCGACAGUGGCCUGACCUCCCUGUCCCUCGCCCUCCCCUCCUGCACCGCCCUCCGCUCCCUCGACCUCUCCGUCAAUGCGGCGCUGUCCGACGCAGGUGUGCAGUCGCUCGUGCGGGCUCUCAAAGACGAGGCAAGCUGCAGCCUCGAGAACCUCAAUCUCAACAAUGACUCUGUUGGGAACGACGGGGCCAAGGCGCUGGCCACGUGGCUGGCCAAGAGGCCGCGGGAGGGCGCCUCGACCGUCACCGACAGUGGCUGUCCGCUCAUCACUCUCGACUUGAGCUACAACAUGGUGGAGGACACUGGCGCCCGUGCGCUGGCUGAGGGGCUGGAGAAGAACGGCAAGCUGAUCGAGCUGAAUUUGAGCGGCAAUCUGCUGAGUGACAGCGGUGCGCAUCGGCUGCUCAAGACGCUGGGCAAGGGCACUGAUGUGCCUGGUCGGUCGAUUCUGAUAGAGGAGAUGACCACGGUUAGGGCAUAGCAUAGCGUUCCUCCAUGACGAGAAGAGAGAUGACAGCAGCGUUUAUUUGUGUGCAAGACGAGAAUGUGACGACUCUUUCUGUGGCCCUUGUAUACACCUGAAUGAGGGGCGUUAGCGUGAG